AUGUCGUUGUUUUGUGCCGUCAAAAUCGGCAAACGACUAAUCCGCUUUGGUAAAUUCAUCGACGUUGGCGCUGUCCGUUAUCCAUUUCCCGAAGAACUAGUACCUGGAUUUGGAAAUUUUGAUAUCAAACUUGUUGGCGUUCGGCCAGUUUACGGCACGGGUAGCAUUGGUUUUGAUACAAACCAAGUUCAGAGCGAAACCUAUAAAUCGAUGCCAACAGAGAUUCUCGUCCGUCCGUUCGACAAGCGCCUAUCGAAAUGUAAUAGAAGACAAGGUUUUCUUUGCGGGAACGAGUUGGCCUAUUUCUCUACCGGGCCAUUAUGGAGCGGCCAGGCGAAAACAGACAUUCGAAACGAACAUUUUCAGUCUAUUUUACAAGUUUUGAGAGUGGACAUACAUUAUAACAUAGCUAUCGUACUUGUAUUCAGUUUUAAAAAAGAAAAUUGUUUUUCAAAAAAAUUUUAUAAGCUAGACAAUGUAGCUAUUGCAUGGUCACAACAACUACUUGUCAUUUACAAUGAGUUGUGA